GUACACUGAAGACAUCGUUGUGAGCCCCGCCCUCAGAGAGGAUGCUGAGCCCGCCUGGCCAGGUAUGCCCUCCCCCCCAUGCCUGUGGACUUCUAUACCAAACUGUAUACAGUCUCUGUUCAUCCCCUGUACUAUGUCUGCAGUCUCUGGUCAUCUCCUGUAGUACAUCUGCAGUCUCUGGUCAUCUCCUGUCCUAUGUCCGCAGUCUCUGGUCAUCUCCUGUACCAUGUCCGCAGUCUCUGGUCAUCUCCUGUAGUACAUCCGCAGUCUCUGGUCAUCUCCUGUACUAUGUCCGCAGUCUCUGGUCAUCUCCUGUACUAUGUCCGCAGUCUCUGUUCAUCUCCUGUACUGUGUCCGCAGUCUCUGGUCAUCUCCUGUACUAUUUCCGCAGUCUCUGGUCAUCUCCUGUACUAUGUCCGCAGUCUCUGGUCAUCUCCUGUAGUACAUCCGCAGUCUCUGGUCAUCUCCUGUACUAUAUCUGCAGUCUCUGGUCAUUUCCUGUACUAUGUCUGCAGUUUCUGGUCAUCUCCUGUACUAUGUCCGCAGUCUCUGGUCAUCCCCUGUACUAUGUCCGCAGUCUCUGGUCAUCUCCU